AUGAUGAAGAAGACGGAAGAAGAUCCAAUUCCUCGAGUUAUUGGAGAUAUCGAUGAUCCUCGUCGCAUGAUGUUGACAAGAGAGGAGCUUGAAUGGGCCUUGGAAGUCAAAGAAUUGAUUGAAAACACCCCUGAACUUGACAAUCUUCCAGACAUGAUGUACGCCCAGAUUGCUAUCAUCACCAAAGGCAACCACGAGGACGCCUUCAGGCGAGCAUGGUUGCUGCAGGAAUUUCGAAAAGAGUACAAUAUACUGGAUACAUUUGAAGAAGGACUCCAGAUGGUGACUAAGCUGGUUGAGAUCCUCCCGCUCAUGUUGCUCUCUUUCAGCUUCAGUCCCAGUGAAGGUACCUUUGUUGUAGUGAAUGAUAUGUGCAAGUUGAAUACUACAGUUCUCAAUACACCCAGAAGGGUGAGGAUGUGGAUGGCAUCCUCCUAUUACAUCCAUUCAGCAUUAAGCGCCGAUGUGGCAUCAAUUCGGAGGGGAUGUAUUGCAGUGGUUGAAUGUGAAGGCAUGGACUGGACUAAAAAGCAAGACUUCAAACUGCUGCAAGCCAUGUUUUCCCAAUUGUUGACUGUCUACCCAUUCACUGGCGAAUUUAGAGGAUUUCAUACUGGGACGAUUUUCAAUAUUAUGGCAUCCACACUCCGGCGAAUCCUACCAAGGCACUUGAAGAGUAUGGUCCAAACAGGACAUACUUGUGAAGGGAGGUUGGACACAUUUUACUUGGUGCCUGAUGUAUUAUCAGCCAACCAGCGACUGAUUUCCCGCGUCACUAGUGCUCUACAGAUGCGAUAUGAGAAUGAGAGGACCUUUUCGCUGGAACCCCACCAAGAGUAAGCCAGAGCGUUCCAGUCAGAACGCUUUGCUGUUUUUGUUCGAUUUCAAGUCGAGUCUGCGCCUGCAAGCUGUGCCGGAAAACACAAUGGAAGUGGGGAGUUCUUCGGGGAUGAUUUUAUUAAGAACUUGUCAUCUAGCUAGCGUAUGACCAAGGAGACGUUGCGUGGUUGCAAGAGCUUCGCUCUGAGUACCAGUACCGGUAGCGGUGCGGGAAAAUACCCUGGAUGAUGUUGUUGUUCUGGUGGUGAGCGGCGAAGGGCUUGCAGGAAACGGGAAACGAGGCAUGGAAAUACAAGAACUUGCGUACAGUACUCAGUAGUUAGUUCUGCGAGACGACCGGCUAGCUUGUUCAAUAAUAUUAUGGUCAGUCUUCCCUUUUU